AUGGCUGUUCAGACACCUAAGCAAAGAUUGGCUAACGAGAAGUUUAACAAGAACGUGGAGAAGCAGAGGAAGUUCGGUAAGAAGAAGCAAGACAAGCAAAAGACUGAACUACCUAUCUCCAAGUCCUGGGUCUAUUUCAUCCUGUUCCUGUUGAUUGGUGGUGGUGUUCUAGAGCUGUUUAGUCUGUUGUUCUAA